UGACUGCCCUCUGGUGGAGACCCAGAAUCAAUUUGUUAUGUGACCUGAGAGGCCUACUCUUGAUCAUGGGGUACCCACUGGCAGCCAGGGUCCAGCUGAAGAACUUCUGGUCUUUGAAUAUGUCUGACGAAGGAGACUAAUGAAACAACCCUUCACUUCCACUUGGAUCCAUUUUUUUUUUUUUAAAUCCUGGAUUUGGACUCUGGAGGCCCCUCUGAGAUGGAGCCUUGGGCAAAAAGACUCAAGCUGUUUCUGUGCUUUAGCAAACGGUUUGCAUCCUUGACCGGGAAUAGCCAAGACUGAGUCGAUGCCCACAGAGGGGCAUGUGGUGACAUGGAGCCGGAAAUCAACUGCUCUGAAUUUUGUGAUGGUUUUCCUGGCCAAGAGCUGGAUCGGAGACCCCUUCAUGAUCUUUGCAAGACAACCAUUACUGACCCCCAGCACAGUAGUGCGGACAUCUCCCCACUGUCUCCUGCCCUCCUGGGUAUUAUCUGGACCUUUCUCAGCUGUGGAUUACUUCUGGUGCUUUUCUUUCUGGCUUUCACAAUUCGCUGCAGGAAGAACAGGAUUGUGAAGAUGUCCAGCCCCAACCUGAACAUUGUGACCUUGCUGGGCAGCUGUCUGACCUACAUCAGCGCUUACCUUUUUGGGAUUCAAGAUGCUCUUGUGGGGAGUUCAGUAGAAGUUCUCAUUCAGACGAGACUGUCCCUGCUGUGCAUUGGGACGACCCUGGUGUUUGGCCCGAUUCUGGGGAAGAGCUGGCGACUCUACAAAGUGUUUACCCAGAGGGUACCGGACAAGAGAGUGAUUAUCAAAGACCUGCAGUUGCUGGGGUUGGUGGCAGCCCUGGUGGUGGCUGAUGUAAUCCUGCUCAUGACAUGGGUGCUGACUGAUCCCAUCCAGUGCCUCCAGAUCCUUGGUGUCAGCAUGAAGGUGACAGGGAGAGAUGUAUCCUGCUCUUUGACCAACACACACUUCUGUGCUUCACGGUACUCCGAUGUCUGGAUUGCCCUGGUUUUGGGAUGCAAGGGGCUGCUGCUACUGUACGGUGCACACCUGGCUGGCCUGACCAACCAUGUCAGCUCUCCUCCAGUGAACCAGUCCUUAACCAUCAUGGUCGGGGUCCAUCUCCUGCUCCUCACUGCUGGGCUGCUUUUUGUGGUCACCAGAUACUUGCACUCCUGGCCCAAUCUGGUCUUUGGACUCACAUCCGGAGGUAUCUUCGUUUGCACGACCACCGUGAACUGCUGUGUCUUCCUUCCCCAGCUGAAGCAAUGGAAGGCAUUUGAAGGAGAAAACCAAACAAUCAGGCACAUGGCCAAAUACUUCAGCACUCCCAGCAGAAGCUUCCACGGCCAGCUCGAUGAGGGCCAGAGCUGCCACUUGAGGGAUGAGAAGAGCUGCAUGGAGAGGCUCCUCACGGAAAAAAACGCAGUAAUUGAGAGCCUGCAAGAGCAAGUCAGCAACGCCAAGGAGAAGCUGGUGGAGCUGAUGUCUGCAGAGUGUCCUUACGACUCCCCAGAGUGGGCUGACCCCGCUGCAGCCUCUGCCCAUGGGCUGCCACUUCCGGGACCUUCAGAAUGCCCUGCUGCUUCCGGGAAUGAGAGCCGCGCAGCUGGUGCGGACUCCCUGCAUGCCUCAGAGGCCUCCCAACACACGCAAGGCUCCGUGGCAUUGGCAUCAAGAAGGGACACCAGCCCCUCCCCAGACCAAAAGGACAGCAUGCCUUUCAAACAGUUUUGUGAUCAUUUGGGCAUGGGUUGCAGCCAGAAGCCAAAGGCUGAACAAAGCGAGGGUCCUGAAAAAGGAGACCAGGAACCCAUGGCCCCUAGCCAGAGUUUAAUGGCAGAUAGAGUGGCCUGUGAACCCCAUAAGCCCAGGCAGAACUCAGAGGCACUCCCGGAGAGGCUACCUCGGGUCAGUUCAGUGGUCAGAGAGAAGCUUCAGGAAGUUUUACAUGAGCUGGACCUGGGCUCCGAGGCUUCCCUUUCCCCACUGCCCGGUCCCCAACAGCUCUGGAAGAGUACCAGUUCCCGCAACCCCCAGAAGCUCUCUCCAUCUAAACUGGGUUUCAGCCCGUAUGUGGUGAGGAGGAGGCGAGCAACCCAGCGGGCUCGCUCCCACAUCCCUGGCUCUGUAGGUCUCAAUAUGGGCCAUCAAGCAAAUAGUGCCGUUUCUAGUGCACAAAGCAGGCUUACUGUACAGAACAGAGGCAGCCCCCGGCUGGACCACCACAAUGCAAGGUCCAAGGUACAAAAAUCCUCUUCUGUAAAACCAUCUCCACUCUUGGAACCUCACCGGAAACAGGGUACCCCGGAGGGCAGCAAACAAUGCGAGACGGAGCCUGGGGAGGCCGGAGGAUGUGAUGUAGCUUUUCCUUGUCAACCUUCUGCUUCUGCCCUGGUACAAAGUCCUGCUGCCCCAUGCCUACCGUCCUCACCAGCUCUGCCCAAGCAGCGUCAGCCUCGACCCCGACUGGCCCCUGGCUGUCCUUCCGUGUCUUCUGGGUGCUACAACCUUGACAGUGAGUCCAGCAGCUCAGAUGAGUUCUUCUGCCACUGCCACAGGCCCUACUGUGAAAUCUGCUUCCAGAGCUCUUUGGACUCCAAUGACAGUGACACUUCAGACAGUGACCUUGAGCAGGUUUCAGGAUUAGCCUCCUGGGAAAAGCUGUGGGCCCGCUCCAAGCCUGUCGUAAACUUCAAAGAUGACUUGAAGCCCACGCUAGUAUGAAAAGCAGCAAGGUGGGCUGGCCACAGAGGUCAGUCUGAGUCCCCACAGAACCAGGGAUCGUGGCAGGAGAGCCAGAUAUCAGUCUUUGGGGACCAGAUCAGCACCAUGCCUUGACCAGCCUCAGCUGUGUUCUUCCUUACUCCGAAGACCUCUUGAUCUAUGAAAAGGGCGUUACCCACCCUGCUACUACCU